ACUAGAAUGUCAUCCGCCCCAACUUUAUCCAUCGCUUAUCCACUUCCCCAUCGCUCAUACUUUGCAAAAUCCAUCUUUGGAUUUGGCGGGUUUAAGAAGGAUUCAAAUUCUCCAUCUCAACAAUCAUCAUCAUCAUCUCAUUUAGCCAAUGAUCAAAUUUACUCUGAUGACCAAUAUUAUAGUCAAGAGACAAACCCCAGUCAAGAGAAUCAAUUUGGUAUUGAUUCCUUUGAUGCAAACGAUAAUCGAAAGAAGUUUUUACCUAAAGGAUUGGGUAAAAUCACCCCUACCACUGCAGUUUCAACCAACGGGAUGGUUUAUGGUACUACCUCAUCAAAUAUGAAUGAUGAAUCAAAUAAUCAAAUGGAAAAUUAUGAUUCUGAAAACUACUUGAACCAAACAUUUCAAAAAAAUCAACAACAAAGUCAACAAUAUCAAAAAUCCCAACCUUGUGUAUCACAAUUAUCUAAAAAUAAUCAUCAUUUACAACAACCUCAAUCAACAACUACUAGAACCACUAUAACUAAUGAUAAAUCUGGUCAGCCAAUUAUCAUCACCACCGAUGAAACCGGUCAGAAUUUGAACCACGACCUGAAAAACAGUGCUCAACCAAAGGGGAAAUUAAAAGUUUUAAUCAUCGAGGCCCGUGAUUUAUUGGUCAAUGAAACUUCUCAACCCUACGUUGUGUGUACUUUUGAAAGUUCCGAAUUUGUUACUAACGCUCCUAAUUCUUAUGGUAAAUCUCCAAAUAUUCAUAAUCAUAAUCAUAAUCAUCAAAAUAAUAAUCAUCAUAUAAACCUGCAUAAUAAAACUCAUAAUAACCAUGCAUUACCAGUUUUAAAUCAUGAUCAAAAAAGACCCACUAUGUUUCAAAGACAAUCUUCAACUCAACAUCUUAAUUUUAAUCAUCGCAAUAACAAUCAACUGAUGGAUACUUCAAGUGAUAGCUCUUCUAUUAAUAGUUCUCAUCCUUUAUGGAAUCAUGAAGCUACUUUUGACGUUGUGGGUUCAAAAUCAGAAUUAGAUAUUUCUGUUUAUGAUGCUGCUCAUGAUGAUGCCUUUUUAGGUCACGUAAGAAUUUUCCCUUCCACUAACCGUUCAACUUCCAAUAAACUAAUAAACGCUGAAUGGUAUCCUUUAAAAGCCAGAGUGAUUGGUGAACGUGUUUGUGGUUCUUUGAAAAUCGAAUGGCAAUAUGAUUCAACUGACAGUAAAAAACUGUAUGGCCCUGAUGAUUUUGAAAUUUUAAGAUUAUUAGGUAAAGGUACUUUUGGUCAAGUUUAUCAAGUUACUAAACGUGAUACUGAUCGUAUUUAUGCAAUGAAAAUUUUACUGAAAAAAUUAAUUGUUAAAAAGAAAGAAAUUGCUCAUACCAUUGGUGAACGUAAUAUUUUAGUUCGUACUUCUGCUGCUGCUUCUCCUUUUAUUGUUGGUUUAAAAUUUUCUUUCCAAACUCCAACUGAUUUAUAUUUAGUUACUGAUUAUAUGUCUGGUGGUGAACUUUUUUGGCAUUUACAAAAAGAAGGCAGAUUUCCUGAAGACCGUGCUAAGUUUUAUAUUGCUGAAUUGGUUUUAGCUUUAGAACAUUUACACGAUAAUGAUAUUGUUUAUCGUGAUUUAAAACCAGAAAAUAUCUUAUUAGAUGCAAAUGGUCACAUUGCCUUAUGUGAUUUUGGGUUAUCAAAGGCUAAUUUAAAUAAUGAUGGUACUACUAAUACUUUUUGUGGUACUACCGAAUAUUUAGCCCCAGAAGUUUUAUUAGAUGAAUCCGGCUAUACUAAAAUGGUUGAUUUUUGGUCUUUAGGUGUUUUAAUUUUUGAAAUGUGCUGUGGUUGGUCUCCAUUUUAUGCAGAAAAUACUCAACAAAUGUAUAAAAAUAUCGCUUUUGGUAAAGUUAGAUUUCCAAAAGAAGUUUUAAGUGCUGAAGGUAGAUCUUUUGUUAAAGGGUUAUUAAAUCGUAAUCCAAAGCAUAGAUUAGGUUCUAUUAACGAUGCUAGAGAAUUAAGAGCUCAUCCUUUCUUUCAAGAUAUCGAUUGGAAUUUAUUAAAAUCAAAAAGUAUUCCUCCUCCUUUCAAACCUCAUUUAGCUUCGGAAACUGAUACUUCAAAUUUCGAUCCUGAAUUCACUAAUGAAUCAACUUCUUUAAUGAAAAAACAAAUGGAAUUAGCCACUACUCCUUUAUCUCCAGGUAUUCAAGCAAACUUCAAAGGUUUUACCUACGUUGAUGAUUCUGCAAUGGAUGAUCAUUUCGGUAAAUCUUUACGUUACAAUACUUUUAAAAACCCCGGCUCCUUCAUUCCUGGUAAUCCUAAUUUACCUCCUGAUGAAGAUGUUAUAGAAGAUGGUCAAAUUGACGAAGAAGAUGAAAUGGAAAUUGACCAAGAUCAACACUUGGCGGAUGAAGAAUUCGUCAAUGGAAGGUUUGACUUAUAGAUAUUUGCAAUUUCAGUCUGUCUUUCUUUUUCUUUUUUUUUU